AUGGAGCCGGGAGGCCAGUUACACCCUGAUGCUACCAAAGGGCUGAAGUAUCCAUCAGUACCAAACGCACAGUGUGAACUGAAUGUGAAUAUGUAUGAGACUGUCAGUGAUGUGAGUAAUACUGACUCCUCCACAGUAGUGAGAGGUGGAAGUGACCCCAGUGCAUACCCUCCAUCCAAUUAUCAGCGAAUUGUGCAUCAGAGAUUCAUCAGGAGAAGUCUAUGGUUUUCGGACUCGGACGAGCAGGCCUUUGAAGCACCUGAAUGUGAUAACAGGAGUAACCUGAACAUAAAUUUGCGCACAAUAGUUGACAGGACACGGGGGACGAAGCCAAGGAUAAAAGAGGGCUCUAGCACUGAAAGCCAAGCUGGUUUAAAAGACAGUGCAACAGAGAGUGCAAGUGCUGAUGAGGAGAGGGAGAAAGGUGGCGAUGCAUUGAAUGUUGCGUCCUGCGAUGGCGUUAAAACUGCUGUCAAAGCAGCCAGCGAAGAGAACGAGGAAGAGGCUGAGAUGAAGGCUGUCUCCACAUCUCCAGGAGGAAGGUUCCUCAAGUUUGACAUUGAGCUGGGGAGAGGGUCUUUCAAGACUGUUUACAAGGGCCUGGAUACUGAGACUUGGGUGGAAGUUGCCUGGUGUGAGCUGCAGGACCGUAAGUUGUCUAAAGUGGAGCGUCAGCGCUUCAAGGAGGAGGCGGAGAUGCUGAAGGGACUCCAGCAUCCCAACAUUGUCCGCUUUUAUGACUUCUGGGAGUCGCCCCUCAAAGGGAAGAAGUGCAUCGUCCUGGUAACGGAGCUCAUGACAUCUGGAACUCUGAAAACCUAUCUGAAGCGUUUCAAGGUAAUGAAGCCCAAGGUGCUAAGGAGCUGGUGUAGACAGAUCCUGAAAGGCCUCCACUUUCUCCACACUAGGACCCCUCCUAUCAUCCACAGGGACCUCAAAUGUGACAACAUCUUCAUCACUGGGCCUACAGGGUCCGUCAAGAUAGGGGAUUUGGGACUGGCAACGCUUAAGAGGGCCUCCUUUGCCAAGAGUGUCAUUGGCACCCCAGAGUUCAUGGCCCCAGAGAUGUAUGAGGAGCACUAUGAUGAGGCUGUGGACGUCUAUGCCUUUGGAAUGUGCAUGCUGGAGAUGGCUACCUCAGAGUAUCCCUAUUCAGAAUGUCAGAAUGCAGCUCAGAUCUACCGCAAAGUCACAAGUGGGGUGAAGCCAGCCAGCUACAACAAGGUCAUGGAUCCUGAAAUAAAAGAGAUUAUUGGGGAGUGUAUCUGCCAAAAGAAAGAAGAGCGGUACUCGAUCAAGGAUCUGCUCAACCAUGCCUUUUUUGCCGAGGACACGGGUGUGAGGGUGGAGCUUGCUGAGGAGGAUGAUGGGAAAAAAUCCUCGAUAGCACUCAAGCUGUGGGUGGAGGACCCAAAGAAGCUUAAGGGGAAAUACAAGGAGAGUGGAGCCAUUGAGUUUACCUUUGACCUGGAGAAAGAGGUCCCAGAGGGUGUGGCACAAGAAAUGGUGGAGUCUGGCUUCUUCCACGAUAGUGAUGCAAAGACUGUGGGAAAGUCAAUCCGAGACCGUGUGGCGCUGAUCAAAUGGAGGAGAGAGAGAACUGUGUCUGCUGCAACUCCAGUGGACCAGGCUGAAGGGACGCAAGCGACACAGCCCACUCUAGCUCAGGGCACCUCGACUGGAGCAGCACCUGGAGGACAGCCCCCUCUGCUGGAACCAGAGGAGCCAGAGGCCGACCACCACAACAGACUGUGUAACCUACCAGCCAGUGCCACCUCUGUAACAUCUGAUGGCACAUUUGACAGUGGCCUGGGCUCCACUGUCUACUCAGACUCCCACAGCAGCCAGCAUAGUGUCCUCUACAAUUCCCUAAUGGAGCCCAUCUCCAUGGCAACACCACAGUGCCAGAGCAGUCCCUGUUUAGCCAUGGAGCGACCUCGCUCUUGUGAACAGGGCGAGGUCUGGCUAGGAACCCUGAGCCCAGAGAUCAGGGCACGGAUGGGAGCUGCUGCACGGAGAGGAAGUGCCUCUGUUAUUGACACUCUUAGGGCCAACCACAUCGCUCAAAUCCAUGCCCUGAUCAAAUCCCAGAGCAAAAGAUCAAUAAGUCCCACUGUGAUGGCAUCAGAGAACCAGUCCGAGCUAAGCCCUAAUGAUCUCCACUCUGAACAUGAAGAUGGGUUCCCAUCUGAGAGUGUCUCCUCCGUGCUGAGAGUCUCCCCUGUCCCAUCACCUUCAGAGCCUCGUCGCCAUAGUGAUACUUGCAUGGCACCGACCACAGAAGCCACUGGUGGGAGCUUAGUAUUGCCUGUGCCAGGUGGACGAAGACACUCUGACCUCAGCAGUCUUCUGAAUCUCAACACUCAACAUCAUCAUCAGCAUGCUAUGCACAGAAGCCAUAUGUGCCAAGCCUGCCUCUCUUUGCUUUUGAGAUCACGAGAAGGGGGCCUUCGCUAUCUAUCUGUUGCCAUGCCAACACACCCCUGUUCAUGUGCCCAUAGACAUCACCACACCCUUGGUGGGAUAACAAGCACCUCUUUGUCCGGGGGGCUGAAGGGUCCAAGUGACUGCUCGGAUUUUUUCCUGCUACAGAAGUCCCUGUUUAACAUUAUCAGCCGAAGAACAACCCCCACUAACACCCAGGGCAACCGAGGCCCAUCCCCGCUGCCGCCACCCACCACCCAAAGGCCUGCCAGGAGCCAUGGAGACAUCAGCUUGAAUGUUCACCCCCAGAAUGGCAAUUUGGUUGGUGAGCACAAGGCCCCCCAGGACAACAGUGCCAUUUACUGUGCAGAACGGCAAGCGUCCGGGGCUGUGGGAGUGGCCAAUUCUGCAGGGCUCCAAGGUCAAUCUUCUCUCCAAGGCCUUCCUCCCUCCAGCCCAGCCCUGCAAAACCCUCUGCAGUAUAACCAACCUGGACAAAACUUCCCUUCUGCUCCACUCGCUGGCUUGUCCAACAUUUCAUCCCUGGCUCCAGCAAGCCUCUCAGCAGCCAAUAUUCAGCAUGCAGCCACUGCAGCCAACUACACAGCUUCAUGUCUGCAACAGACCCACACUGCAGCAUUUUUUUCAACAGCAACCUUACCACAAGUUGCACAGAGCUACCAAGCACAAACUCAACAGCAGCUGCAGACAGCAAUUGCUUCAUCUGUGCCAAUGCACAUCCAGCAGACUAGCCAAGCCUAUGUGGUCCCAGCUCAACUACAGGCCCAACCUGCAUCAAGCUAUCCUGCUCCAGCUCAGCAGCAGACUGCAGCAGCAUCCUCUGUGCUUGCCCAACAGUCUAUUUCUGCAGCUGGAAUCAGUGUGGCAACCACUAUUCCAUCACAGCAACCUUUACAGAGCUACACUGUUGCAUCUGUGGCCCCGACUAUAGCAGCAACUGCCCAGUGUGUUUCUACCCAGGCUCCCAGUGCACCUCAGCAGGUCAGCAUGCUGCAAAGACAGCAAAGCUCUUCCACACCAGCACAUUACAGCCAACAGGUGCCCAUUCAACAGCAGCUCCAACAACCUAUACGACAGAUGGGACAAUCAAAUAUACAACAGACACAGCAAGCUGGGCCAGCCCCUAUUCAACCUCAACUCCAGCAUAGCCAAUCAACUGUACAAGCCAUACAGCAACAACAGAUGGCACAACAACCUCCACUUCAAUCCCAACAGAGUUUUCAGGCUUCUAUUCAGCAGCAAAUACAGGCUCCAAUUCUACAAUCCCAGACCACAACUAAACAUGUUCAGCCCUAUCAGACGGCUACGUCCUCUGCACAACAAUUCCCACCAACUCAGCAGUGUUACCAUGCUGAAGUCCAGCCUGAUGCUGUGUUGCAGAGCUAUGCACCCAGUACCCCUAAUGUGCUGCAACAACAAACUGCUCCGGCUCAGAGCCAGUACCAGCCAGCUCAGUCUGCUGCUAUGGGGCAGACCUAUCCACCUGCCCCUCAACAAACUGCAGCUCCGCAGAACUACCCAGGAGUAAACCAAUUAGUGACUGCCCACAGCCUUCCAGCCUCUGCUCAGCAUAGCCAGUCUGUACAAUUCCAACCCUAUCUCUACAUCGCAGCUUUCCUGAAUCAGAAUCUGCCGGCUGGUCAGGGUAUUUCACAGCUCGGACAAGAUGGACAGAGUAUCAGCAAGUCAGCAUCCGCUCAGGCUCCUACCCAUCAGCAGCUCCAGCAACUGCAAAUCUCCACCUCUUCAGUACCAACACACCCACCUCAGUAUCCCACUAUCCAAGUGAUGACGGCCAUGACUGACUGUGAUCUCUCCUACCCUCACUCCUGCUCCACUCCCCAGCCUUACCCCUCUUCAAACUCCACCUCUUUUGCUCCUGCAUUCCUCUCUCCUGGACAGACUCUUCCUGCAACCCCCUCUGUUUCCCCCCUCUCCCCUCUGCACAUAGAAAGCGCCUUAGCUCCAGCUGUCUCUGCGCCCCUCUUACCCUCACCCACACCUGUGUUAUGUAUGGUAGGGCCCACAUCUCCACAGCACCAGUGCCGCCCUACCAUGCUGCAGAGUGUUAGACCUGAAGCCCCACACCCACAGCCGGCAUUUAUGCCUGCCCCGACCACACACCCAAUACAUGCACACCCUGUCCCACCAGAGAACACACACCCUCCCCCAUAUUCCAGCACUAUGAUACAGCAGGCACAGCAUCAUACCCAGCUCAGCCAUCCAGACCCUGUCCAUUCUACUCAGCUGGCCCAGCCUGCAGUCUUCACCCCACCUGUACAGAGUGGGCCGGACGCUGGCACAGCCUCUGUUACUGCCCAGCUGGAGCACAACCAGAAUCAAUGCCAACAAACUGUACCUCUGCAGGGCCAGGUCCAGCAUCAGGCCCAGAGCCAGAUUCCUGUGCUGCAGCCGUCUGACUCGCAGAGAGCAUCGUCAGGGUCAGCUAGUUCUAGCUUGACUCAGCAGAUACAGGCCAGUGCUUCCACAGGGACCCCUUUUCAGGCUCCAGCAGAGACCCACCUGGAGGAUCAAGCUGCGGAGAAACAGACAGCAGGACAGAGCUAUGACAGUAUCAACUCAGAUGCCACCUCAGGAAAAGAGAUGAGUGAUGGCUACGAGGGGACACAUGGAAGCAAAGCUGAAGGGAAGAUUCGCAAACACCACCGCAGAUCCUCUCGCACCCGCUCCCGGCAGGAGAAGACCAACAGGCCCAAGCUCAGCAUGCUCAACGUAUGCAACACUGGGGACAAGAUGGUUGAGUGUCAGCUGGAAACCCACAACCACAAAAUGGUAACGUUCAAGUUUGACCUGGAUGGAGAUGCUCCUGAAGAGAUUGCUACUUACAUGGUUGAGAAUGAUUUCAUCUUGCCCUCGGAGAAAGAGGUGUUCAUUGAGCAGCUGAAGGAUAUUGUGGACAAGGCUGAAGACAUGCUGAGUGAGGACACUGAAGGGGAGAGGAGCUCCGACCAAGGAGGCAGUCUGCACCAGAGCCAAGGUGCUGUCGCAGCAUGUACAGAGGCCUCCACACCAAACACCCCACAGCUGGUGUAUCAGCAGAAUGUCCUCCACACUGGCAAGCGCUGGUUCAUCAUCUGCCCCGUGGCUGAGACGCCCACACCGGACGGGGAGAAGACGUCAUCUCACACCUCUAUGGACAACGAGUGUGAAAGGUCUGCGUCAUCCUCAGCCAGGUCUAGCAGCACAAUCUCUGCAGUGUCUUCCCCAGCUUCUGCCUUGUCCAAAGCCCCACCCUCCUCAGUCCCCCUUGCAGCUCAGGGUCCAUUACAGCCCCAUGACCCAAACCUGGGUCCAGCACAGCUGCAGCAGCCUCAGCCCUGUAUUGCCAAACAUACCACUGCCAAUGUUAGCCGCCACAACUCUAUUCCUGCGGAUGAGCCCUGCAUUUCUGCUGUCUCUAUGGUAGCUGACAUCCCAUGCUGCGCCAUCGUGCCACCUGUGUCACUGGAUGUCAGUGCUGGUCAGAAAGGAGCAGCUGGUGACUCGUGCUCCUCUGUACCUCAUCAGUCCAAUCAGAAGGCCAGUCCCACUGGAGACAUGCCCCCUCAGCUGGUAUCCCAUCAGCCAGUGGUCCUGCAGCAGCCCUAUGCCACAACCAUGCAGCCUGGGGCAGUGACCUCCCAGCCCCAGAGUCCAGCCCACCAAGCCCCCCAGCACCCUCAGUCUUCAAGCCAGGUGCAGCCAGGAGUUGGGGGACCAGGGGAGUCAGACAGCGAGGGGCCCCGCAGGGUGGAGUUUGUUGACCGUACCAUCAAGACCUUAGAUGAGAAGCUGAGAAAUCUGUUGUACCAGGAGCACGCUCCCUCUCAACCCUCUAGCGCAGCCUCCGACCCCCAAGCCUCCGGUGCUGAAGGGGUCACCUCCCCACCAGUCACCGAUAGCCAGAUCAUUGAGGGAGCACUCACCAGGAAGAAGGGGGAGCCUCUGCCCCAGAUCCCUGAACGCACAGAUGAUGUGGGUACUCUGAGUGACUCUGCAGUUGCAGCCUCUAAUAGGGGUCCUACCAGAAGAGAUUUAGUCACCAGCUCCAGUUCACAUAGCUCCAAAAACCAUUUCCAAGUUGUCCCCACUCCCCCGGACGUCAUUUGUUGUGUGGAGAAAAGCAGGAAGAGCCGAAGCACCUGCAGUUCCCCAGCACCCACCGGUGGCUCCGGACGGUCUCAAGCACAGACCCAGGGCAUGGGCAAGAGAGAGCAGGGCUUCAUGGCUGUAGGCAGAUUCUCCGUGACGACAGCAGCCGAGGACAGUGCUGCAGAAAUGCCCAAGCCCCACAGUGGUAACCGUUACUCAGCCCCACCAGACUUAUACCAGGACACCCCCACUUCCAGCCCUGAUGUCACCCCCUCCCACAUCCCCCGGGCCCAGACCAUUGACACCCCCACCCACCACCAUAACCACGCCUCUCAUCUCUGUUCAGACUCUGCAGAUGACGACAGCAGCAGCAUGGCUCCUCCCCCUGUACAUCCCCCUCCGCCAGCCCAUGCCCUCUCUGAGCACAGUGGAAGUGACCUCAUGAAGAGAGCUGUUGCCUUCCUGCGACGGUCAGGCCGCAGCAGUAGCGUGCAGAGCUCUGAAUCACCAAGUCGACAACCCGUAGCAAUGAAUGGUCAUGCCCCCUCACCCUCUGGAGGACAUGCCCAUUCAUCCUACAUCAGCAGUGACAAUGACUCGGAGUUUGAAGAUGCAGACAUGAGGAAGGAGCUACAGAAACUGAGAGAAAAACACAUGAAGGAGAUCUCUGAGCUGCAGGCAUUCCAGAGGAGUGAGAUUGAGUGUCUGUACAAGGAGCUGGGUAAAACUCUGCCCCCCAGCGUAGGCUUGCUUCAUGCUGCACCCCCCAGUGGCCGAAGACGCAGGGCCAGCAAGCACAAGCUGAAGGCUGGCAAACUGCUCAAUCCCAUGGUGCAGCAACUCAAAAACAAUCUCAACACUACCGCUGGUGAGGGGAAAGUUGAAAGUGCUGCUAGCUCAUCUGGAUCCCCAGCAAAAAGUUCAGUUCUGUCAGACGGCUCUGCCCACUCCAGCGGCAGUACCAGUUCCAGCGCCCAACCCAAUGCUAUCCCAGAACUGGUGCAGACCCAGCAGCCCUGCUCUCUCAAGGGCUCCUUCUCCUCAGACAACAUCCAUGCUGGGCUGCAUGGUGAUGGCACAGCCACCCAAGCAGGCCCUGGCCAAGGCUGGACGGUUUACCACCAAACGUCAGAGAGAGUGACCUAUAAGUCUAGUAGCAAACCGCGCACUAGAUUCCUCAGUGGACCCGUGUCUCUGUCCAUCUGGUCCACUCUGAAACGACUAUGUCUAGGCAAAGAGCGUGGUAGUAGGUCCUCUCAAAGAGCCACAACACCUCAGACAGCCCCCAGUCAAGCACAGCCAUCACGUCCCUUGGCCACGCCCUCUCCAUCACCACAGCCAAUCACUGGUCUAGCCCAGGUCCAGACCAACAACAGCAACAACAAGAAAGGCACCUUUACUGAUGACCUUCACAAGCUGGUAGACGAUUGGACAAAGGAGACUAUGGCUGCACCCCAUCAACCAAGGCCCUCCCUGAAUCAGAUCAAACAGCAGAGACGCCGGCAGGACCUGGAAGGCAAAACCCCACCCAUGGGAGCAUUCAUGCAUGAGGUAUCUGAUGUUAGAUGCCCUCCCAACAAGUUCCAGCUGCCUCUCUCCUGCCCGCUGACUGCUGCUUUAGGCCCCGGUAUGCCCACAGCCCUAGGUCCCAACUCCUCUGCAAUACCCCCUCCAGGGUACCUUUUCUCAGCAGGCUCCUAUAGUGGUAUGAUGCCUGGUCCUCUUUACCCACAGCAGUGGCCUGGAAUGCCCAGCCCUGUGGGGCCCAUGGGUCCCGUGGGCCUGCUUGGCUCUGCAGGAGUGAUGCCCUAUGCCACCCUGGCAAACCCAGGGGUACAGGCCUACCCCUUGGUCCUGCACAACCCUGAAAAUGCAUCCUGUCCUAAUACCACCAGGACUACCUAA